AUGGAGCGGUUGGGUGGAUACGAGGCUGCGACGGAGCAGCUGUCUCGGCAGCAGGAGCGGCACUACCGGCUCCUGUCGGAGCUGCAGACUCUGGUGAAGGCGCUGCCCAGCUCCUGCCAGCAGCGUCUCUCCUACACGACGCUGAGCGACCUGGCUCUGGCGCUUCUGGACGGGACCGUCUUCGAGAUCGUGCAGGGCCUGCUGGAGAUCCAGCACCUCACCGAGAAGAACCUCUACAGCCAGCGCCUGCAGCUGCAUAGCGAGCACCGCGGGAUGAAGCAGGAGCUCUUCCACCGGCACAAGGAGGCCCAGCAGUGCUGCAGACCCCACAACCUGCCACUGCUCCGUGCUGCCCAGCAGCGGGAGAUGGAGGCUGUGGAACAACGAAUUCGAGAGGAGCAGCGAAUGAUGGAUGAGAAGAUAGUCCUGGAACUGGACCAAAAAGUGAUAGACCAGCAGAGCACACUGGAGAAGGCUGGGGUGUCUGGCUUCUACAUCACCACCAACCCACAGGAGCUGACUUUACAGAUGAACCUUCUGGAGCUGAUCCGGAAGUUACAGCAGAAGGAAGCUGAGGCCAAGAAGGCUUUUUCCUGAGGAGCAAAUCUGCUGCUUACCUUCCACUUUUCUUCUGGCUUCCCUCUUAAGAGGAGGCUGGGCAUGCCUUUGCUUUCUGUUGUGGUGGGAAGAGGCUGUGGAAGGAGGAGCUGAGGCCCUUGGAUAAUCUUAGAGCUGGGGAGAGCAGCUCCCCCCCUGCCCCAGCCUGUGGGGGUGGUUGGGGAGUGCCAGGCUGCUCCCCAGUCCUCAGAGCAAGCUGGUGCUGGAUGUCUUGCUGGGAUGAGGGAUGUGAUGGGGCUUCAUCUGCAGCAUCCAGGAGGAGUUUGCUGAUGCAGGGGAGAUGGGGCCAGGCAGCCAACCCAGCCCAGCCAGAGGUGGGAAGAGAAGCUGGGCAGGAGCAAUGUGCUCUCCCCUGGCCUUGUGCAGGUGUCUGGUAGGGGACUGGCAGAGCUGAGCAGCUGCCACAUCAGACCUAGCCCUCACCAUCUGGUGCCACCACGCCACGGCAGAUGGUUGGCAGCUGGAGGGAGAAGUCCAGAGGUUAUCUCCAGGGUGCUUUUGUGUGUUCUGAGACAGAAACAAUCUCUUCAACAGGCACACCCUUCCCAGAGAGCCCUCUAGGUGGGUAUCAGCACCAGCUUUAUUCAAGGGAGGG